GGUAUAAAAGUUCCGACGAGGAACGGCAUCCAGGCACAACACUCGCGAUCGCCUGCCAGUUAAAAGUACCCAGUGAACUAGUUUUACCAAGUGAUCUUUCUUCUUUUUUAAUACUAAUAACAUUUUAUUAUUUCUUCCGAGAUCAUGCGUGGGCUUAUUCUUUUGAUGAUUUUUGGCUGCGCGUGGGCAAAACCAGCCCCAGAACCACCAGUAGACUCAUACUUCCCGCCAUCCAGUGGUCUAAUCGGCGGAGGAGGCUACCCUUCGGGCCCAGCGAAUGUCCAGGACACUUAUGGUCCACCCCAAAGACAACCAGUGAUCCACAAGCACGUCUACGUCCACGUUCCCCCACCAGAAGCUCCAGAGUACAAGCCACCAAAGUACUUGCCGCCGCAACAAGCCCCGCAGAAGCACUACAAGAUCGUCUUCAUCAAGGCCCCGACUCCCCCAACUCCCACCGCCCCGGUCCUUCCACCCCUGCCGCCACAGGACGAGCAGAAGACUUUGAUCUACGUUUUAGUGAAGAAACCCGAGGAAGCUCCUGAUGUUGUUCUUCCCACCCAGGCUCCCACUCAGCCCAGCAAGCCUGAGGUUUACUUCAUCCGCUACAAAACUCAGAAAGAACAGUCGGGAAGCUAUGGACCUCCUGCUCAACAGCCCCCAGACAGCUACGGACCUCCUUCUGCAGGAAAUGGCGGUCCUUACUGAUACGCUUAAUUACCGCGUGCCAACAGCCAAAAAAAUAUUAUAUUAUAUAUAAUUAUGAAUAUACUUGACGGUAAAUUU